AUGUCUUCAUCUACAUUCUCACAGAUAAGAUCACAGGCUCUAAACUUGGAGAAGCAGACAGAUGCUUUACUAUCUAGAUACUCAAAGUUUCAAAAUUUGAAUAAUUCUACAAGCCCUGAUGAAGAAGAAAUCGAGCUUCACGAAUCAAUAAAACAAAUACUUGAACGAAGAGAUUUGAUCAUAAAUAAGCUUAACAGGAUAUCGGAUUCAGAUGCAGACUUGUCAACUUCCAAGUUGCAGCAAUUGCAAAGGCAUAAAGAGAUUUUGAAUGAGCAUAAAAGAUCAUAUUUGAAGAUUGAAUCUGCCAUAGACGAAGAGAGGAACAGAACGAAUCUAUUGUUCUCAGUGAGGUCAGAUAUAAAUGCACAUAAGCAAAGAGUGACUAACAGUGACUAUAGUAACCAAUUGAAUGCCAAUGAUUAUGUUUUGGAGGAGAGCCUCAGAGUUGAUAACGCAAACUCUUUUGCUGAUAGACUUCUAAAUCUGGCCUACCAGACAAGAGAUGAAAUUUUAAAUCAAAGGCAAUAUUUAGCAAAUGCUCAAACAAGAAUGUUGAGUACACUUCAGACUAUACCGGGUAUCAAUGUCAUAAUCUCAAAAAUCAAUACAAGGAGGAAGCGAGAUACACUAAUACUAGCGACCGUCAUAUCAAUCUGUAUCAUCUUUAUAUUUUUCAUGACAUGA